GGUGACCUUGAAAAAAUGGCGACUGCAAAAUUAUAUAGCGCUGGUCGGUCAGCAACUCAACUGUUCCGGCAAACAAUACGUCCACUUUCUGUCACCCAGGCAAGAUCACAUUACAAACAAGUCAGUCCAGCAGAUCCUAGUUCAGAAUGGGUGGACAUCACAGAUAGGGCAGCCAAUGCAGCUUUCAUGACAGAGCUAGCCAGAGGUUUAGGCAUUGUGAUGGGGCAUCUAUUCAGAGAGCCUGCCACCAUAAACUACCCAUUUGAAAAAGGGCCUCUGAGUCCUCGAUUCAGAGGGGAGCAUGCAUUGAGAAGGUACCCAUCAGGAGAAGAACGAUGCAUCGCUUGUAAAUUAUGUGAAGCUAUAUGUCCCGCACAGGCUAUUACAAUAGAAGCUGAACCGAGAGCUGAUGGUAGUCGACGUACUACACGUUACGACAUAGAUAUGACCAAAUGCAUCUACUGUGGUUUUUGCCAAGAGGCCUGUCCUGUCGAUGCUAUUGUAGAGGGUCCUAACUUUGAGUAUUCAACAGAGACACGUGAAGAACUACUCUACAACAAAGAAAAAUUACUAAACAAUGGCGAUAAAUGGGAGGCUGAGAUUGCAGCAAAUCUACAAGCCGAUCAUCUAUAUCGCUAAAAAUUAGGACAUUUUCAGUCUUUUAGCCAAAUCUAUAUACACAUGUCUAUAAUAUAACAUGUAUCAGAUAAACUUGUUACUGAAUGUUUUGCUAAGUGUUAUAUGUACAUUAAAUAAU